UCUCCGACUCCAGACAUAGGUACUCGUCGGUACUAGCUCCGGUUACCUUUUUUUUUUUAACUCCCGAACGAGGGCUGGCGACGGACUCCGGCAGACUUUCCCCGCGCCCGUGAGGAACGCGGCGCCCACGGCCAGGCCGACCGCACUUCCCACAAUGCCCGGCGCGAGCCCAGAGUUCCGGCCCGGGGAACCGUGAGGCGGCCGCCAUCUUGUGUACGGAGGUGCGGCUCGCCGUCCCCGUCCUCACGGGUGGGGUUUCCGUCCCUCCGGAUUUGGGGCGGUCGCUAGACGCGCUUCUUUCGCCUUCCCGGGGGUUCGCGUCUUUCCCGAGACGGCCUAUGCAGAGCUGUGAAGGAAGAUGUCUUACGGAGGAAUCGAAGCUAAAUAUUUGGGACCUGGAGAACUGGGAAGUGGACCAUAUCAUAAAAGAUUGAAAUCAACUGCAGAGACAUAUGUUUUACCGCAUCCUGGUAGUACUGAUUUGCACAGAGUCCAAGAGAAAACUGGAAGUGAUUGGGUCCCUUUGACCAUCGUGGAUGUCAAAGGGCAGAGGUAUCCUCAAGUGGACAAAACCGAAACUACAGAUUUGCCGAAACCUUUUCGGAAUGAAAUGCCUGGCAGUAAACCAGAUGGUGUUGGUACUUCACAAGUUUUACGCGAUGUAAAUCCUCCAUUGCUAACCAAGGAUGAUGAGAUUUAUAGUACAAGUACAGCGUUUAUAGGCCCUAUUUACAAACCCUCUGAGAAAAAGAAAUGCAAUGAAAAGGCAGACAGUCUGAAUGGUAUAAAGGGCAAAAGAAGGCGAGAAGAGAAACAGAAGUUUAACUCUAGAAAACCAGAGAUUGACAGUGAAUUGUCCCAGUUUUACAAAGAAAUUGAAGAGCUUGAAAAUGAAAAAGAUGACUCAGAAGGCAGUUGUAAGGAGCCUGAACCUUCUCCGGAAGAACUUACUCCAUCUCCAUGUUACCAGGAUCAUGCGAAGGAUCCUUUAAAAUCUGAUGGAGAAAAGGAAGAUUUUAAAGCUGUUCAGUCACAUUGUGAUUAUCAGCAGUGCUUGGGGGAUGAGUCUGCCAACCGUCAAUGUAAUGGACAAGAAAUAUCUACAUUUCGUGAUACUUCCUUCCCUUCAUUCAGGCCUGAAUGGCAGUCACCACCUCCUUUUAUCGUACCCUAUGGUCCUCCCCUUCCCAAUUUUAACUGUCAGUUAAAUAAUCAACAAUUCGGUGCUCUGCCAAAUCCACUACCAAAUAUUUUCCACGCCCAAGAUGAAUCUAGGAUGCAAAAUGGACAUUAUGUUAAUACUUGUCAUGUUAGGUGGGAUUCUUCAGCUUCUAAUGAGAGCAGUGGACACGUUGACUUAGGAGAGAGUAAUGUUAGUACUCGUCCCCCUAGAGAUGGCUACAGUACACAAGAUGGGUAUGUGAAUGGUUUCUGUGAAAUCAGGGAAGGAUGCUGGAAAGAUCCUUCAGUGGACAAGCAUAAUGGAAUAGACAGAUUUGCAAGCCAGCAAUAUCAAGAGGCAAAGUUAAAUAAAUUGCAGAAGUUACUUAUUCUUCUAAGAGGUCUGCCUGGUUCUGGGAAAACAACAUUGUCUCGCAUUCUGCUUGGUCAGAGUCGUGACGGCAUUGUGUUCAGCACUGAUGACUAUUUUCACCAUCAAGAUGGGUACAGGUAUAAUGUUAAUCAGCUUGGUGAUGCCCAUGACUGGAACCAGAACAGAGCAAAACAAGCUAUUGAUCAGGGGAGAUCUCCAGUUAUAAUAGACAAUACUAAUACACAAGCUUGGGAAAUGAAGCCAUAUGUCGAAAUGGCCAUAGGAAAAGGAUACAGAGUAGAGUUUCAUGAGCCUGAGACUUGGUGGAAAUUUGAUCCUGAAGAAUUAGAAAAGAGGAAUAAACAUGGUGUGUCUCGGCAGAAGAUUGCUCAGAUGUUGGAUCGUUAUGAAUUUCAAAUGUCCAUUUCCAUUGUAAUGAAUUCAGUGGAACCACCACAGAAAAGCACACAGAGACCUCCUCCUCCUCCACCAGGGAGACCGAGAGAAAGAGUCUUGAAUAAAGCUGGAUACCUUCUUUGCAAAACCAAACAGAAGAGAAAUAGGAAAAGAAAGAAACAGCAGAGUAAUCCCCAUAAAAUCAUGCAUGAAAAAUCAUCUGAAACGUUAAGUUAUGUUAUGCUGGCAGAUGGGGACCCAUGUCAAAGUGGAGAGGAAGACUUUACAGAGAUUACAAGAGAGUCAGCAUGUCCCUCGACUAGCAGUCCAGGCAAUGAAGUACAAGAUUCUGUGAGUGGCUGCAAGCAAAAAAGUUGGAAAUGUGCAGAUCCUGGAGACGGCUUUCCAAACUGUGAAACCACAUUGGACAACACACCACCCUAUCACCCUGCUAAGGAAGGUGAUGACUUACUUCUAACUUUGUCAUCAGGGUCAAAGGAAAGUUUUGUUACUUGUCCAAUAGGGAUGCAAGAUAUUUCCUGUGUAACAAAGGAUGUCUGCUCUUACAUGAAGGUAGAAAAGCAAACUGGGCAUAGGCUUACACUGACGUCAGAGAUAAAGGACCCUCCAAGCUCAUCUAUGCAGAAGAGAGAGAUGGCAGAUAAAAGCCUUUCAAAUAAGCCAAUUCAGUGUCAUCAGCAUGGAUCUAGAGCUUUAGAUGAAGCUUGUCUAGAGGAACCGGGAGUACAUGCCACUGAAAACAAUUGGGCUUUCUUCACAACUAACCUCACUGGUGAAGAACUACAGCAAGGCUCUGACAGACAACCAUAUCUUGGUGUCUGGCCUGAAGGACCUCAUAAGUUUGUAUGUGAGCAGAGAUCAAAGAGAAAUCGAUCGCGUAAACAAGCCUGUCCCGACAGCAGGGUGGUUGGAGUGAUUUCUGCUUUUGAAGGAGUGCCAGAACCAGAAAGCGGCCCAGAGACGGUGACGGGGGACAGCCUGCCCAUUGGAGCUGAAGAUGUGUCACCUCCGGGUGAAACUGCAGCUUCAUUUACAGAAACAGAAACUAGUAUCCUACUAAGUAGCCCGCCUGACAUGGACGUCCCUAAGAGUGGCUUAGAAUCCUCAAAGAACACAACAAAGAGACCGAGAAGGAUUUUCAAUUUGGCACCAAACUUUGGCUUACAGGAACAGAAGUAUGUCAGUGCAAAAGAAAGAGAGGAAUGUGGCUUAGUAACUAAAAACCAUGGAUUUAAAAUUCUGUUGGAAGGAACAGAAGAUAGAAUUUCAGAAAUAAAUAGCCAAGAAGAAGAUAAGCAAAAAAUUAUAACCUGUGAUCAUAAACCCUCAUGGUUUCACCUUGAUGCUAUCAAAGAUUCCCCAAUAAAUAUUGGUGGACAAUUUUAUUCCCAUUGCCUGUCAUUUAACAGACUAAGGCACUGUAUGUAUUUUUACAAAAACUCUGUUCCUUCCCUUGUACUACAUUAUAUGUUUAGCUAUUGGAAAAUCUCUUUUACAAACAAGAGGCAAUUUUUGACUUUCAAAUCCCAGGCAAGAGUAAGUGGUAAACUAAACGACACAGGGUUUGUUUCUUCAGGAAUUCUAAGCAAUCAGCCUGACGCCUUGCACUCUGUGUGGGUCACUUCUGAACUUCACUUUUUAAAUGGAAGACUUGAUGAAAAAUUGAAGACCCGGGAAGCAUCUGAGUCUUUACAGUGCCUGCCAAGUGAGGAGAUUCAAGAUGCCACACGUAUGGGCUUUCCUCCCCUUGGGCUACCAUUAUCGCAAGGGUUUGCCUUUCAACUGGUAAAGCUUUUUGGACCUCCUGGAAUCCCAAUGGAAUCCUUGUUGCCUGAUGAUUAUGUUAUUCCCCUUGACCGCAGGACACUCAAGAUGAUUUAUUUGCAAUGGAAGACAUCAAUAGAGGAACGACAGAAGAAGACUGGUUUAAAAAAUGAGAAUUCCUUGAGCUUCAAGUUCUGCGGUCUUCACGGAGCUGCUGGAGAUCCAGAUCAUCGGGAAAAUUUGUCAGAUGCUCGGUACCUGCCAAGGGAUUCUCCCCAGGAUAUUCAUGGACACCAAAAUUAGCUUGACGAAUCUGUCAAUCAUUGUUGAUAAGUUUCCUGAGUAAUUAAAAAAACCUCAACAGAAGAGGUAACAAUUUGGAACUUUAUUGCCUCAUUUUGAAGAUGUUUGCCAUAACUUUCAUUUGUUUUACAGAAGAAAGUCAGGUACAGUAAACCUGAGAGUAGCCAUUGUUUUUGUUGUUGUUUGUUUUUAAUUGCAACUGCGUUAGAAGGGUAGGCCUGUUGUGGGUAUGGAAAACAGGCUCUUGGAACCUCAAAGCAAGAACUGAACAGGGGCCCACAGACAGCCAAGUUUAGGCAGCCAAGAUUGUUACAUAAGCCAAGUGCACACCCCAAGGCAACUGGCAACAGGCCUCCAAAAGGAAUUCAAGAAGGACUCGGGUCAGAGUCCCUCGAGGGCCAGCAAGCAAAAAGAUGCUCUGUAGGAUGGCAGGGGUGAGCCUCUGAAAGAGCUCAAGCCUUGACUUCAACAUGGACUGUUCAUUUACAGCCAGAGUCAGGGUGGUUGCUGGAGAGACUUCUGCCAGAUAUCUUGGGUGGAGGCACACAGGUGUCUGGGGCAGAGAGAUAUUCCUGGGGACUUUGCCCUGGGAUCCUUGGCAGAGAGGUGGUAGCACCCUGGGCUGGCCUUCACUCAUGCCAGCAGACAGGUAGUCUUGAACCUAGCUGCUUUUCAAACAGGCAUUUUUCAAACCAGCAGGAACAAGUCAAUGUUAAAUUUCUAUAAACAUUUUAAGUUUUCCUCCUUCAUGUUGUUUUCUCAUGACCCCUCCCUACCCUGUGCUUCAGGUUCUGAAAACCAAGUUUUUAAUCCCAAAUUAUUUUAUGAUGGUCAAAUGCAAGGAUGCU